AUGAAUGAAGAGGAAGAAUUCGCAGGUUUGGAACACACGCAUGGUGAAGCGAUGACAAGAAGAGAAGGAAAAAAUGAUCCUGAUCAACCUCCAGCGGUACGUGCAAGAGUGGAAGUUGUACCUCAACCCAAGUGGACAUCGAACAGCAGAGUCAGGGAAGUACUUCUAGAUGGAUUGAAUCUCCUGGAGACACCUAAACUAAAUGAUUUCCUCCGCAAUAAUGUGGGUGGCAGGGGUGUUGUUGAUUCCAAUGAGAAUGUUACCAUGGAGGCAUUUGUCGUAAAACCAGAUAUGUAUAUUCAGGAUAAGGAGAUGAUAAGAUUUAUUACUGCAUUGCCCGCCUACGAGAGAAUAAGGGAAAAUAUGGGGAUUUUGCGGGAGAAAGUAAGGGUUCUGAACGAGGUUGCAUACAAUCUUGAAAAAGCAGGAGUUUACUCUCUCCAGCAAUGGGAUGAAUUCACAGACAAGGAGAGUAUUCUUUUAAUGGCAAGGGGGAUUCUGAAUGCAGCUCUUAAU